CUUGCAGACUGAAGAGAGCUGCCAACAAAGGCCGAGUCGAUGGGGUUACAAAAAGAUUAAUUUGGACUGCUAAAACCCUUUUGUUGUUGUAAUUAUAGUUUUAUAUAGGUUGUGAAUCUGUGAUUACGGUUAAGAAAAUAUGUGAAUGAUAUGAAUCGUGACGACUAGCAAAGGAGUCAGCUGGUCCAACAGUGCGAAUAGUGAAUAAAGAAAUGGCGGCCUUGCCAGCAGGUGUUCAGUAUGGGUUAUCAUCAGAGUCUAGUUGUAAAGAAAAUAAGGAACUAGUGUUUGUGAAAUUAACGGAUUCAGCGCUGAAAGCUAUAGAAGACUUCAUUAGGAAUAAUAGGGACAAAUUGGCAAAACCUACGAUACAGUUCCUACCCGGAAAUGAAGGGAAAAUCGCCAUUCCGGCGCCUAGUAAUGGCAAUGGAUCGUCGGGUGAGGCUACGUUUCACUUCAGCAUCAAUAGCAAUGCAGAAAUGGAGGGUCCACAGGGUUCGUUUGAGUGCGUCAGGAGCGGCGGCGCGAGGCGUUUGGAGUCGUGCGGGCCGCUGCCGCGAAGAAUGCGCGUGCAAGCGAAUGACGACUCGUACGAGGCCACUAAGGACCGCAUGGCGAGAACGGUCGCUGCGGAACAGAGUAAAUGCACCCGCGUGAUAAAGCCCAACCAAACCGACAUCGGUCGUCGUGUCAAAGUGCGUUCUUCGCAUCCUCUCUUCUCGUCCGGGCCGACUUCGAUUCCAGAUAGACUCGAAAGGCCCGAACGGCCAGAUAGACCUGAAAGGCCUGAACGGGUGGAACGACCCCUACGGGUGAUACCCCCCGCGUCGCGGCCUCUACCCCCGCAACCGCACCCGCACCUGCAGCCGCAGCAACCGCAGUCGCAAUCGCAGCUGCAGUUGCAGCAGCAACAGCAACGUGCUCCCCCUAACCCGGACCUGUGUAGGCGGUCCAUAAAAGAAAGACUUAUACAGUUAUUAGCAUUGAAGAAUUUCAAGAAGCCCGAAUUAUACGCGAGGCUAAAUAGUGAGGGCAUAAAGGAAAAGGAACGCGCCGUGAUGCACAAGAUUCUACAACAAAUAGCAACAAUCAAGGACAACUGCUAUCUCUUACGUAGGCACAUGUGGAAUGAUGUCAACGAAGAUUGGCCAUUUUAUACUGAGGAGGAGAAACGUAUGCUCAAGAGGCGGAAACCUCAAAAUCUAACACCCCCACUGAGCAGUGACUCGGCGAAUUCGCUGUCGCCACGUGCAUCUCCCAGUGCCAGCAAAAGGCCGAGUGGUGUGAAUCCCAACGCGGAAGAGGUCCCGGUAAAAAAACAGCGUAUCUCGCACUACCGGCGGCCGUCGCCACCCUCCUCUGGCUACGCCACCACUUCCUCCGGAGAACGACACGCCUCCGACAACGAGGACGAACGGACAACCGUAAAAAAGGACAACGGCUAUACCCUCAACUUUACGACUGUCAAGGAUCUCUGUCCCAGUCCUGUAAAAACAAACGGUUUUAGAAGUAGUCCUCCAGUAGAGCAAACAAGUAUCACAGUAAAAGACAUCACAAAUACUGAACCCUUAGAAAAUACAGAAUUAACGUCCGUGCCCGAUGAGAACAUGACUGAUUUGGAAGAGAUUGAAAGGCAAUACCCGCCUAUAACGAGUACGAGCACGCGGCGAGCUUACAAGAACGAGUUCGCCGAACUGUACGCGGUCUACCGCAAGCUGUACGCCCGCGUCGCGCAGGUGGCGCAGCUGUUCACGAAGCUCGAGCACCAGCUUAAGCGCGCGCCACCGCAUUCGCCACAUCAUCAGACAAUAGAACAGCGUAUAGUAGAGGAGUACCGACGCGUGCGCAACGACUCGACGUACCAAGAGGAUAGGCGGCGCGUCAACUACCUACAUCGCAAGCUCACGCACAUCAAACGGAUGGUCCAUCAAUACGAUCAGCUGCGCAACCUAAAACCGGAACGCGUGUCAGCGGCAAGCACGACACAAGCGUACUGACACUCGAGCAACUCAUCGCCCGCCCGAUGUCUCUAGCACCACUAGCAUCGCGACCCGGACUUUUAUACGUAGUAAGGUACAGUGUUUCCCGCAGUGACAGCAACAUCAACAUCCAUCAACCACGGACAGUCUUGCAAUGCCGCGCUGAUUGGAUUAGAGCUUAGUGCGUCUACAUUCACGGAUCAACACGUUCACUGAUAAAAACGGCAAGUUUUGUGAAAAAUCAAAGCUAUAUAGAAAACAGCAGAAUUCGUUCCGAGUGAUUUGAUUUCUCAACAUAACUCUGCUUACCGAUCGUCUUGUAAAGCAGUGAAUGUUAACAGAUUUAGUUACUCUGUGUUCGCCAUACCGAUAGAUCUCAAGGUUGAAUUUAUAGUGAUUUUUAUAUAUGUAUAUGGAAAUUGUGCUUUAGGGACUUCGGUAUGCGUCUAGCGCAUCAAAUAGUGAUUAGCACUAGUUUUUGCUAGCACAGAGUAAUUAAUCUACACGCACAUAUUGAACUUGGACUAUACAAAAAUGUAGAACAGUGUUUUGAGAGUUGCAGAAUUGCCUUUGCGUGUCUCGAGAACAAAUAGUACCAAUACGAUCGUUGGUAAUGAAUUUCACGCUAUCGUCGACUAAUCGGAAACAAGCUUGUAAUAUAUAGUGAGCGCUAAUUGGUCGAACAUCGCGUGAGUAUUCACCUCGCUAUUUCGCAAAUGAAAAUACGCCAGUUUACCUUCACCUUCACAUCGCUCUUGAAUUGUGAAAGUGAUUCUAUGACAUCAUUUGUUAUUAAAAUUAUUUUGUUUUUGCCGUGCUGGUAAACUUGGUGUGGAGGCAUUCUGUCAAUUUGACUUAAACAGCAAUUAUUUGUACUUCAUUGUAUUGUUAAGGUGGAAGUCGUUUUAUAUGUCUGAUAGAAACAGAGUAUUACACCAAGAAAUAAUAACUAGUUAAAUAUAGAAGAAUCUGUCAACUACGUCUUCCCUUUUAAAAAUCUAUCCAUGAAAAUUUUACCAUAGUCAGAACUGUGAAAUAUUUCUCGUCAAUUUAUGACUUCCAACUUUUACCAAUACAAUAAGUCACAGACAUGGCAAAUGAACUUAAAAAAUGGAUGUGAAUCCCAUACUGAAUGGUUUGUUGACAACUUUGUAAAUUAAAACUUUUAUAUUUUCAUGUUGACUCUGUAUUAUAUAUUAUUAUAGGUAUAUUCUCAAUCGCUUGCUUCUUAUCGUUUUUAUGGCUUCGGUACUGUCUAGUGCUGACAAUUAAGUUAUAAGUACUUAAUAAGGAAUGUCCUAAAUAUUAUGCCAAGUAACGUAAAUGCCUUAAAUAUUAUUGAAAUGUAAAGAAGCAAGUGACAGUUUAAUUACAUUGCUCCUGAGUUGUAAGCUGUUCUUUUAAAAUUCUGUGACAGCAUUGUAAAAUUUAGUCAUUAGUUUAUUUGUGAAAAUAACAACUUUCACCAUUGAUGUUUGCAUAUUUUAUACAUAUUCACAAAAAAA